AUGUCUUCCAUCCUACCUGAAAGAUUGCUUUACAACACUUUACAACAGCGGAAAAGCAAUGGAGAAAUAUUGUACUAUGAAAUAUUUAAGUGGAAAAUGAAACAUGCACCAGGCACAAUUCACCGUUUUUGUGACAGUUCACUGAGUGAUCAAGAAAGGCAAAGUUUGACAUCUUGGAUGAGAAAUUUGGAUGACAGGAGUUCUUGCCAAAGACUGCAGAUUCUAUUUUCCUUUUCCGUUCCUUGUCUUCAUGCACUUGAACAUAUUUUGAACUUAAGCACUCCCAUUAUCUCUGCAGGUGCAGUGAGUAUUACAAAAAAGGGUUACUAUCAGUUUUUAUUUUUCAAUGCAUGUACAUUGCCCGGGGGUGGGGGGGGGGGGUACUUUAGGAAUUUCUGGGUGGGGAUGUGCCGCUGGGACCCUGGAACCCUUAACCUAUACCAGAGCUAGUUCAGCUGAAUUUUGCUACCCUAUACUAGAGUAAACUCCCCAAAUUCCCCUAUCCUAGAGUAGCUGUUUCCCUUGUCUAGAUAAAAUCUUCAACCAACUGAUCAGUUUCGUGAAAAAUGAUACCCUAUUCUAGACCCAAACGCUCCGACUUAUAUACCCUAUCCUAGAGUAAACUGCCUGAAAACCAUACCCUUCACAGCGGCACAUACCUAUUUAGCCCAUAUUUGGCAGUUACCCGGUACAUUGUACUUACUAUCUUUGUCCUUAUUGGCUAAGAGUCUACAGUUAAGUUUGGAAAUCAGCACAACCUACAGAUUAGUUAGUUAUCUGCCAGCAGUUAAGUGACCAUGCUGUAGGUUGCGCGUGCAUUGCAUGAUUUAAAAUAGUAAUGUCAAUCUGUCUUCCAUGUGAUGCUGUGUUUGUUCCUAUUUUCUUCAAAACACUGUAUAAUAUGACAAUUACUAGAUUUGGUUUUUGUGAUAUCCAAAAUAAUCAACUUAAAUUAUUGGCUUGCUAAGAUUUAGACAGUCUUGGACUCUCAAAAAUUUGAAAGUCUAGGGUUUUGAAGUCUCAUAAAAUUCUAAACAUAAAGAGGACCCCAAUUUGGCUGUGCAGUAGUCUGCGCCACAGAUGAAACUAAACUCUGGUUAAUUCUCUUGUGAAACAGCACCGAAAUCCUUGUUCGGGACCUCCACCUGUGUACCAGUAUUUGAGUAUGCGCUAUGAUUGGCUUGUUAAAAAAGACACUAUUGAUUGGCCAAUCAGAGUGAAAGGAAAUUCGAAACGCACUGCACUGCUUCACAGACGUUACUAACUGAGAUUCAAUUACAUCUGCAAUGCAGGCUAGGUGUGUAGCAGGGAGACUUUUAUUACCAUGUAUGAAUAUGUUGUCUUAGGCCUGCUCUUUCCAGCUAAUUUACUCUAUAGUACCCAUCUUUUGUAGGGGAAUGGUUACUGGGAGUUUCUUCUUCAGGAAAGAGGAGCUGAUAUUCUAGCAUUUGAUCAGAACACUAUUUAUCCUCCAGAAAUGAGAUACAUGGAGAUUAUGGUAACUUAAUAAAUCUGUGUAAUCUUCAUUAGUCUAAGAUAGCUGGAAAGUUGAAAAAACUAAAAAAGAAAAUUACAGGGUAUAUUGCGUGACAGUUCUCUUGUUUUGGGGCUGUUAAACACAGUCAGUACCUGCACAUAUCAGAUCAGCAUCAAAUUCAGCGAGACUCUGUAUUGACAUGUAUUGUGUGAUGAUUGAUGUGAGGUGUAAAAAGCCUAGCAACUAAACUACUUACAGUGAAUAUAAAAAGAGUCAAUGACAAGGCCUGACAAGACAUGAAUAUGCUUUCUGGGUGCUAGUGUUUCAAACUGGUUAAGAUUUAGCCUGUUCCAGGCUCCGAGAUGGUGGUGCUAGUGUUUCAAACUUAUUUGGUUGCUCGUUUUUUAAUUUCCACUAUACUAUCUGAGAACUAGUUAAGAUUUGACUACGUAACCUCAUAUCUUUUUUUCUAAUUUGCCAAUUAGUCUUUUUAUAUUUUGUUAUCAACAAAUCAUUCCCUAUUACUUUAUACUUAUCACAGAGCUCAUGUAUUUUGCUUACUUUGCUGAGAGCUGGUGAGAAUUUAAGUUCUCUUGGUCCCUUAAACACUUGUGUUGAUGAGUAACUAGCUAAUCCAGAAGUGCAGAAGUUAUGUAGCAAUACAUUUUCAUUACUGUAAUUUAUGCAUUUCUCUAUUCCUUUUGUUUACUCAGGAAAGCAAUCCAACCAUCUUGUGUAAUCAUAGUGAGAGAGCAUUGCUUCUGAGCUGGCCUGACCAUAAAGGUGACUUGUAAAUCUAGCAUUGGUGACCAUUGGUGGCAGUACUCAGUAGGGUCUUGGGGCACAAGUGCAAAGUGUGUGAUAUGGGAGCUGGGGAGGGUGAUCUCAAACCUGUUCAAGUGUCCCCAUAAGUCAAAAUUGAAGGUGCCAGUCACUUGAAGAGGAAAAGGUAGGAAACUGAGUGAAUUAAGUUUCAGGUCAGUUUUCCCACUAUUAAGACCCUAAACAGAACCUGAUUCACUCAGUUUCCUAACCUUAAUCACUUAACUUCAGUGGCAUAGUCCAUUUUAGGGUAGUCCAUGGACUGGGGGUCAGUGUUUUGUCCACCGCCGUCCUGAGCUGUUUAAAGCGUUAUUUUGUGGGAUGAUUAUUUGACCAGCAGUUUAAAACUAAAGAAGUUAUAAAAACUGCGACACAAACAGAGGCUAAUCUGCCAGUGGUGUAACCAUUCGGAUGAAACCUCCAUGAAGGUGACUUGUAAAUCUAGCAUUGGUGACCAUUGGUGGCAGUACUCAGUAGGGUCUUGGGGCACAAGUGCAAAGUGUGUGAUAUGGGAGCUGGGGAGGGUGAUCUCAAACCUGUUCAAGUGCCCCCAUAAGUCAAAAUUGAAGGUGCCAGUCACUUGAAGAGACUUUCAAAAAUAUUAUUACCCAAUACGUACUUUUGUCAAUUUUACUUUUGAAAUGGUCAAUAUACACAAUUCAUAAGAUGCAACCAUUAUCUUAGACUUUUCACAAUAAUCUGGCUCGUUCUUGCAACUUCGCUGCUGACUAUAUUUAUUUAAGGUUCAUCAUUGUCAUAAUCAUGAUGAUGGUCAUCAUCAUCUCACUGAAAGUUAUCAUCUGCAAGUCUGCUUAUCUCAAAGCCCUCAAGUUUAUUUCAGUCCUUUGUGUGUUCCUUGACACCACAACCUAUUCCGUCUAUUAACCUUUCACUGCCAGAGUACGUGAUGGAGUCUGGUCACAGGUAGACCACCCUAUUUUGUGCGGCCGUUGUCAUUGAAAUCUGAGUACUGGUCUUUUGAACUCAAUGGAAGAAAUAUAGAUGAACAUUACAGGAGCUACAUUUCACUCCAAAAAACAGAUUUGAACCUAAACGUUCAAGGGAAAUGUUAGCUUAGUCAUCUGUCAUUUUUUUUCUUGCUGUCCUAAGCAGUGGUGGACAGAACACUGACCCCCAGUCCAUGGACUACCCCCAUGGACUACCCAUAUAGACUACCCUAAAAUGGACUAUGCUGCUGAAGGUUAGUGAUUAGGGUAGGAAACUGAGUGAAUUAAGUUUCAGGUCAGUCUUCCCACUAUUAAGACCCACUUUUGUUAAGACCCUAAACGGAACCUGAUUCACUCAGUUUCCUAACCUUAAUCACUUAACUUCAGUGGCAUAGUCCAUUUUAGGGUAGUCCAUGGACUGGGGGUCAGUGUUUUGUCCACCGCCGUCCUGAGCUGUUUAAAGCGUUAUUUUGUGGGAUGAUUAUUUGACCAGCAGUUUAAAACUAAAGAAGUUAUAAAAACUGCGACACAAACAGAGGCUAAUCUGCCAGUGGUGUAACCAUUCGGAUGAAACCUUCAACACAUACAUGCCCUCCCUGAUCUCUCUUAUCCCUGCUAAUGCCAUACACAUUCUUGGGUAGCACUGUUACGAUGACAAGCGAACUUUAACCUCUGAUAGUUUACAUAAGCAUGAAAUGGAACCCAGUAUAGGUGACUGCAUACUGUCCCACAUUGAAGAAGUACAGUAUAGAUGCAGUUUGAUUGCUUUAAAUGGUCAACCGAAAAAGCGUUUUUAAUUUUUUUUAUAUUGUUUUCUUUCUUUUCAGAGGGCUGCUUAUUCUCUUUGGACUGCCUGAGGCAUUACAAAGGAAACACUGUCAUUCAUAUUGGUGAACUAUUUGGUGAGACGCUUUCAACCAAUCCCUGGGGCCAAACCACCUCACGUGAUUUCCAGCUUCGACUUGGCGAGACUUUUCGUUGUGUGUCACGUGUUCAGCUGCCAAACUGGCCCGGUCACAUGGACUCAUUAACUGUUUGGUCACGUGCUCCACAGCCCGUAGAGUGUUAUGGGGCGGAAAUGGUGUUUAUAAACUCGACGAAUCCAAGAUACAUAGGCUGGAGUGACACCUAA